AAAGGGAAAGGUGGUCCCAAGAUUAUAAUACCUAUGCAGCGCACAGCACUACUGGCCUCGGCUGCUCUUAGGGUGAUGCAUCCAAAGUUGUAUUGGGCGUCAGUCACUACACAUAUAAAACUUGCCCGAUGGGCAGUAGAAUGUGGCCUCAGUGAUAUGAGCACUUGCCUGCAAUUUUGGGCCUCGGUGUUUAAUUGUGCAGCUGUAAUUUGCAACAGACAAUGUCCUCUUCACCGAGACCCAAGUUCUACUUCCGAAGGGUUUGAUGUCAUGAGCAGUGUCGGCCAUUAUUGUAACAGGCUCAUGACAUUAUCUAACCUCGGUAUUCAGUUGCAAUAUAACUCGGGCACUAUGGUCGGCUGCUCUGGCCACUUUGUCAGGCAUGGUGUCACAUACACUGGU